AUUAAAUCAACCCCCUAAACUAGUUAUACCCUUUUGGUCAAUGUGAAUAAUAGACUGACCACUCCUCUAGUCUUUGUUUUCCCUCCUUCUAACUUUUUCUUUAUCUUCUCCUUUGAUUAUCAUCAUCAUCUACUCACUAACUCACUCACUUAAUUUUAAACUUUAUUUAAACCCUCAACAAUCAACAAACCAAUUAGUUUAUUACUGAAAGAAACAAUUAACUAAUUUUUGGCUCGCAACUUUUGAUACAUUUAUAUUUUUCUUUUUCUUUUUCUUUUCAAUUGCUUCUCUGUGAGAAGUUGAUUAAUUGUGAUUAACUGAUCAUCUUGAUGUUGAGUCUCUGUUUUUUUUUAAUUGUUUAUAAAUCAUCAUAAUGAUAAAAUCAUUACAAUAUUUGCUUUACUUGUCAUUUCUAAUUAAACUUGUCCACUCGGAUUCAAAUGAUACUGCAAACAAUAAUUCUGAAAAAUGUUUCGGAGCCUUGGGUUGUUUUGGAACAAGUGAUUUCGCUGAUUUAAAUGGUAGACCGAUUACAUUUAUACCACAAAGUCCAGAGGAAAUUAAUAUAACAUUUAGAUUGUACACAUCGGAAAAUCCAUACAGUUCGAUUGAUUUCAAAUACAAUUUAGAACAAUUCCAGUUGAACAAUUCACCAUUUAAUCCACGAAAGAAGGUUAAAUUUAUCAUCCAUGGAUUUACAAGUUCUUUUAAUGAAAUGGAUUGGAUGGGAGGAAUUAAAGACUUAAUUCUUGAAGGUCAACCAAAUCGAUACAAUGUUUUCGGAGUCGAUUGGUCCAAUGGAGCAAAAACACUCAACUAUUUCCAAGCGGUUGCUAACACUCGGGUUGUUGGUGCAGCGAUGGCUCAUUUCAUUAAGAAGCUUAACCAAUAUUCGGGCUUGAAGUUUUCCGAUGUCCAUUUGAUUGGUCACAGUUUAGGUGCUCAUGUGUCCGGUUACACAGGUGAACGAAUCAAGAAUCCACAAAUUGGACGAAUCACUGGUCUUGAUCCCGCUGGUCCGAGUUUCUAUAAGAAUGCAACUACACUUCGUUUAGAUCCUACUGAUGCUCAUUACGUUGACGCUCUUCACACUGACUAUGGGAACGCCGUUCUUGAAGGAUUAGGAUUAGAGGACCCGGUUGGUGAUAUUGAUUUCUAUCCAAAUGGAGGAUAUCGUCAACCAGCAUGUGGUAAAACAAAGGGAUUAUUCAAUGUUCUUAAUCAAGGAUUGAUUAAAGGAAUAACUGAGACUGUUGCAUGUAAUCACAACUUUGCUCCUCGGUUUAUGUUGGUCAAUCCUGAAUCUUUAACUGAGAAUUGUCAGUUUGUUGGUUAUCAAUGUUCAAACUACGAUGAAUUUGAGAAAGGUCGUUGUACCGAUUGUGGUCAAGAUGGUAUAAAAUGUGCUGUUCUCUCAAUUUUCGGUGAAACCGAUCGAGGUUCUGGCCAAGCUUUCAAAGAACAGAAACAAGAACAAUUUCGAGACGAUGCUUUCAAAAAAUACUAUUACAAGACUAGUGAUAAAGCUCCUUAUUGUGUUCACCAUUAUGGAAUUGAGAUCCAUUUGGCUAACAACUCUGACUCUAACACUGGAUCAUUCACUCUUGAUCUUGAUGGUUCCAAGAGAAAAGCUGAUGGAAUCAAGGUUUCAGAAUCAUUCUCGAGCUUUAAACCCGGUGAAACAUAUACUUAUCUCGUUACAUAUGAGAAAAGCUUGGGGCCGUUAAAAAGAGCUACCAUGAAAUGGCAAUUCCAAGGAAUUGAUGUACUAAACCCACUCAAGCUUAUUUCUGCUCCAAAAAUGAUAAUCGAUCGAUUGACCAUCAAGUAUUUGAGUAACAUUGAUCCAAAAAUCCGUCAAGAUGAAUCGUCCGUUUUAUGUCCAGAACAAUCUGAUACAGUUUCAAGUGGAAAUACAUUGAACUUUGUCCCUUGUCGUGGUGAUAGUAACCAGGGUGGAGUCUCUCGAUUUAAUAAUGGACAGAAUAACCGAAACCAAACACGACCUCAGAACCAAUGGAACCACCAAACCAAUCAAACGGGAUCGAAUUAUGAACAAAACAGUUAUAAUCGCACUCAACAAGGGUCUAACUCUGGAUACACAAAUAAUUCCAAUCGAACUCAAUAUCAGGGUGGCAACAAUAAUAGUGGACAAACUUACCCGAAUAGACCUCAGCAACAAGGAAACAAUUACGGUGGAGGUUCUAAUGGAAAUAGAAACCAAUACACUACUUCUAGUUAUCACUCGACAUCUCGAUACUCAACAACACCAUCACCAUACUCAACUACUUCACAAUAUCAAUCAACAAAUUAUCACAACAAUCAAAACUAUCACAGUACAAACAGUUAUUAUUCAUCAACUUCUCGAUACCAAACAGUACCAACACAUCACUCGUCAUCUAAUGGUCACUCAACACCCGAUUAUAAACCUCCAUCAAAUCACCAGCCUUCAUCAAUAUUCCUUCGUCAUCGAAUCGGCGACCAACUUCUGUCCCUGAUCGUCGAGUUAGUGAUUCUAAUUCGACCGUUUCCCCUUCAUCUGACCAAAGGCCUUCUCUUUCUUCCUUGGCCGGCCUGUGGAACCGUCGACCUGUAAGUCCAUCUCUUUGGACUUCUGAUGAACCAGUUCGACAAUACUACCGUCCACUUCGAGUACAAAGUCGACCCUCAUUUUAUUCCAGUUUCCCUCAAGACUCUUCUGAUCCUCGAGUUAAACUGCAUCUUGGUGACAAUGUC